AUAGUGAUUUUGUUAAAAAUGUUAACCGUUACUGAACCGCCUGGACGAGAUAAAAGUGAAAAAUAAUAUAAACAUCUGCCAUGCGCAUUUUUCACAUCAUUUUAACUUGUUCUAUACACUAGACAAGACGCACGUAAUAUCAUACUUUUUUCAUACAAUACGAUUUUUGAUUAUGGCUGAUAACAACCCAAAUGCUCCUAAUUUAACCACUAUAACAACAACAGCUCAAUGUUAAGUCUUCACAACAACGCCUUCAUGUUCAGCCAUUGAUCUGUUGUUCCUGUUGAAUUGCGUUCAUUGGAUGAGACGUUAUUAGAAGAAAUAAGAUUUAUUCAAGCUUGCAAAUAUCUAUCUCUUAAUGCAGCGAAUAAUGCUACGUGUGAUUGUAAAACUAAAUGUUCGACUAAUCGUUGCCCCUGUAAAAAAGCUAAGAUGACCUGCUCAACAAAAUGUCAUAUAAAAAUAAAGCUUGUGCUAAUAAUAAAGAAAAUUUUUAAUUUAAUUGUACUCUGUUUGUUAUUUUUGCGUAUUUUAUUGUUUGUAGAUAUUUUCUGUUCUUUUAUUCUUGUAUGGCGAUAAAUAAUGUACCUUUUCGUGUGUUAUUCUUGUUUUGUACGAUAUACUUUAUGUAACAGCAAUACAGCUAUUAUCUCUAUUUAAUCGAUGUAAAAACAAGAGAAAGAUAACAACUCGUCAACUGACGAAGAGUACUAUAUUGGAGAGGGGAGGGGGCGAAGGAGAAGAAAAAGAAGUGCAAAAAAUAACCUUUAGACAAUGUGAUUGUUCAUUCAUCUUUGUAAAAUAUUUAUUUUGUUUCUAUAACUUGAAAUCUAUUCUCGUUACAGUAAUUCCACUCUUACCUGGUCAAAUUCCAGAUUUCACUACGGAUAAGUGGAAUCGGCAUACGUAUGCAUCUCAGUUUUCUCUAGGAGAAAUCUGGAUUCCAGUUUCAUCUAGUCAAAUUCUAAAUUUCACCAGGAAAAACUCGGAUUUCACUUUUACCUAGCGAAAUCUCGAUUUUCACUGGAGAAAACUGGAAUCGAGCAUGUGCACGCACAUCCAUCUCAGGUUUCGCUAGGGAAAACUCGGAUUCCAGUUUCGCCUAGCGAAAUCUAGAAUUUCACCGAAUUCCAGUUUUCGCUACAACAUAUAUGUGUAUUGCAUGCGGUAUACGUAUAUAUAUCUUGCGCUCUAUCGAUGACGAUAGAGAAAAAUCAUUUUCCUACGAUAGAUUGCCCUCUCUUCUCACCACCUUAAGUACCAGGAUGAAAACAAAAUUUCUCAUCUUUUGAACAAGAUAUAAACCGUAAUUUACGAUUUAUAUCUUAUUACGGUCCGUAAACAGUCCCAUGUGCUAAAGAAUAAGAUUCUAAAACACUAAGAAGUUAAUGAUUACUUGUCACUUUCUGAAACCUGUUUUAUUUGUAUAUUCAAAACUUUUUUUAGAUUUUGAAAAAAUUUUAUAUACUACCUAAAACAAGCUCUGCUAUAAAACAAGAUACCUUUCAAUGUUUUCCAUUAUUUGAAAUUUGUAGCUUCAGGUAUAAUCCGGACUAGCUGCACUGUUUUUGUCUUUGAGAAACGUCUAUUAUCAUUCGAUUCACUGUCUAACCAAAAACUUUUCUGUUCGCUUUUCAGGUAUCUGAUCAAGGAUCGAAUAUUGUUUCAGCAUGGAAAAAGUCUAAGAUUAUUUAUUUACCAUGUAUAGCACAUGGGCUACAUAAUUUAGUUAUGGCAGACAGUUUAUCAAAAGCUUAUGAUGUUCCAGAACUUUUGAAAAAAGUUCAGACAAUUAUAUCGACACUUAGAUAUAGACAUGAAGAAUUAGAGAAUGAAUUUCAUAAAUCGAAUCAAAUAAUAAAUGCUGCUGUAUUUGAAAUAAUUAAUAAUUGUGGACAAUGUCUUGACGCUGAAGAAAAAAUGUCAAUGACUUAUGAUGAUUCUGAUGAAGAAACACCACGUAAAAAAGGAAAAAAUGAUCUAUUUGAGACAAGUCCAUUAAAUGAAGUAACAACAGCCUCUAAAACAUUGUUAAUAGGAAAAACAACAAUAGGUAAUACGAGCCAAACAUAUAAACCAUUGAAAAAACGUAUAAAAACAAGAUGGAAUACAAUUCUAGUAAUGUUACGAAGUUUUAUUGAUAAUGGAGAUGCAAUUAAGUCAGUUUUAGAUCGUUUAGAACGUUUAGAACGAUCAAAUUGCGAUACAUUACAACUUUCACCGAAUGAAUUUGAAAUGUCACAAGAACUAGUAUCAUUUUUAAAAAUAAUUGAAGAUUCGACAAAACUAUUAUCAUCAUCAAUAAAGUAUCCUUCAAUGAAUCUUUAUAUUUUAUUUCGAAGAGAUAUUGAAGAGCACUUGAAAGAUGCUAUGGAUGAUAGUGAUAUGCUAGGUGAAUUGAAACAAUUAAUGUCAAAUUCAUUGGAUAAAAGGAUGCCAAUUAACGAAAUUAAUGUAACUGCAUUUUUGUUAGAUCCAUCACAACUGAGAAUUAAUAUAGAAAAAUAUCUUUAUCAAUUGAACAAAUCGAAAGAAACAUUAUUAGUUCAUAUGAUUAAUAAAUUUAAAUUGAAUGAAAUUGAAACAUUAUCUCAACAAAAUGAUAUUAAACGAGCAGUAACACCAUCUAAAACAAGAAUAUCAGAACGUGAUAAUGAAGAAAAAAUCGAUUUAAAAAAGCUUAAAAGAAGUUUGAUCGAAAAGUAUUCUGAAAUCGAUGAUAAUGAAACACCAUUACAAACUGAAAUAACUAAUUACUUAUCACUUAAUGUUAAAUCAGUCGAUGACGUAUUAUAUUGGUGGAAGAAUAAUAAACAUACCUAUAAAACAGUAGCGAAAUUAGCACAAAUAAUUCUAGGAAUACCUGCUACAUCAUCUCCAGCUGAAGAAAUAUUUUCUACAACUGGUCUUAUACUAUCUGCUAAACGUGUCAGUUUAGGACCAGAAAAUUUGGGUAAGAUACAAUACAUACAUGAUAAUUACAGUAUGUUUAAGGAUUAA